AUGGAUCAUAUAACUGACACUACAACAUCUCCAGGGACAAGCUCACCUGUUACUGGUGUUUCUACUGACAAAACUACUGACACUAUAACAGCUCCAGUGACAGACUCAACGGCAACUGGCUCAGCUGCAACUGGUGUUUCUACUGACAAAACUACCAACACCGCAACAGCUCCAGUGAUAGGCUCAACUGUUACUGAAAUGACUACAUACACUUUAUAUUCUCCAGUGGUAGGCUCAACUGUUUUAAGUGUUAUUACAGACACCACGACGGACACAACAACAACUGAAUUGGAUGGCUCAACUGUCACAGAUUUUACUACAGACACCAUUUACGACACUACAGAAACUCUAGGGCAAACAACGAAAAACAAGGCGAAGGAAAAACAGAAUAGCGAGAGUGGGACAGAAUCAACUUUGACUGAUUUAACUGCAGACAUUGCCACUGAUACUACAUCUCCAAUAGCAAGUUCAACUGAUACUGAAAUCACUGUAGAUACCAUUACUUACACAACAACAGUUCCGAUGGGAAGUUCAACUAAUGCCACAAACACAACAACCAGUAUAUACACCUAUGAGCCAACAACAAAAAAGAAAGGACAGGAGAAUCAGAAAAGUAGCAAGUCUGGAAACAAGCCAAAUAGAAACAAAGAUAAAGACAAAGAAAACGAGAAUAAGUUUAGCACAGAAUCUGCAACACACACAAAUGGCAAGAAGACGACAGGUACUACGACAGGUUCAACUGUUACUGAUUUUAUUACAGACACCUCUACUGACACUACAACAUCUCCGGACUCCCCAAGCACAGCGACCUCGCUGUACAACUCUGAACCAACAACGAAAAAGGAGAGGAAGGGAAACCAGUCUAGCAUCAAUGCUGGAGGCAGCUCAAACAAAAAUAAGAGCAAAGAUAAAGGAAAAGGAAAGAAGGCUGUUACCAAAUCUCCAACGGACCCAAACCCUGAGCUACCGGCAGAGAGAAAGUAG